UUUUGCAAGCUAUUUGGCCUCUACUCAACACUUGACAGGUCUAGAAGGCCAUAAUACGAGCGUUUUCCGGAAUAAAUUGUGUCUGCCUACUGCUGGUUGCCCUUCUCCACCCUUCCUCUUUUUACUUUCGUCGUCAACCGAUUCGUCACAUACACUUUCACUUAUGCCAUCACCGACAUCAUCAUCAGCCAGCGUGUUUUCAUCUCACCUGUUUUUUGUUUUUUGCAUUUUUUCACAGAUUGCUCAAAGUUAUGCUCAAUUUAAUAGAUUUUUCGAUCCUUCAAUCCCGGAGCAAGAAACUGUGCUCACAGACUAUGAUUACAAUAUGAUUGGCCACUUCCGAGAAAAUGACCAAUGGUUUGUCAAUGAUUCAGCUAUGUACAACCCACUGAGGUUUGAAGGAGAUAUUGCCAACAGUGGCCUGAAUUCCCGAUCUAUAAACACCUUCUUCGGGGACAGUCCACUUUUUGGAAUAUUUGGUGUUCAAAGGAACGCAGUGCGGCAGACCUAUUUAAAAUGGGAGCAGGCUCGAAUUCCAUACACCAUUAGUUCACAGUACUCCUCAUACAGUCGGUCAAAAAUUGCGGAGGCUAUCGAGGAGUAUCGGAAGAAAACGUGUAUAGACUUCUCACCAAAAAGUGCUGGAGAUCUGGACUACAUUCAUAUUGUUCCAGACGACGGUUGUUAUUCUCUAGUUGGGAGAAUUGGUGGAAAGCAACCAGUAAGUCUUGGCGAUGGCUGCAUUCAAAAAGGAAUCAUUAUCCAUGAGCUCAUGCACGCAGUAGGCUUUUUCCACGAACAAAGUAGAGCCGAUCGUGAUGAGUAUGUGAAAAUCAACUGGAGCAAUGUGGAAGCUGGGCUGCAAGAUCAAUUUGACAAAUAUUCCCUGAAUAUGAUUGAUCAUCUGGGUACUAAAUACGAUUACGGAUCAGUCAUGCACUACGCUCCAACUGCAUUCAGUAAGAAUGGCAAACCAACAAUAGAACCUAUCGAGAAAAAUGUGGAAAUCGGACAGCGAGCCGGUUUCAGUGAAAAUGAUAUUUACAAAAUAAAUAUGCUCUACAAUUGCCCAACUUUCACUGCAACCACACUUGCUCCAGAAAAUACAAAACGGGUGAAAAGCAUUACGAAGAAAGUGACGUCAGCGACAGGAAGUCCGCUCUCAAAAAAAGGAGAGAUUGGAUCAUCAAUUGGGGACAAAGGAGAUCGGGGGGACAACUCAGUAUUAAGUUCACUGAUUUCAAUUCAUUCCGGUCUUGGCAAAUGUGAAGACAGGCGGAAGGAUUGUGAAUUUCUUGCAAGAGCUGGACAUUGUGAAAGCCGAUUCAGUAUACGUUUUAUGACAGAAAAUUGUGCGAAUAGUUGUGGAAAAUGUAUAGCCGAGGAGAAGAGAAAAGAAGUCUGCGAAGAUGCAAGAACUUGGUGUGAGCGAUGGGCAAAUAGUGGAAUGUGCAACCAAACAGUGUUUAAGGACUAUAUGCGACAGAAAUGUGCGAAGAGCUGUAACUUCUGUUAAUAGAUUUGAAAUUCAAAAAGUUUUAUAUUUUAUAUUUUAUUUAUGUCUUGUUAAGCAUAUUAUAUUUUCAACAACAAAAAAACCGGUCAUAUUCCUUGUUCUUUCAAAAAAAAUUGUGAUGUAGUUCGUGUCAUUUCUAUGAAGAACAUUAAAAUAAAUUAUUGAAAUUAACAUU